GACUCGCUGCGGGUGAACAUCAUCAUCGCUUCCGGUCGCCAAAUCAGCCUCGCAGGUACCACUCGCCAUGAAAAUCCUUCAAGAUUCCGUACACGCCACCCAGCUCUGCUCGAAGUGCAGCGACAGCUUCAGUAGCCACCUACAGACCGCGGAGCUGGUGUCUCUCGCGCGCUCGACUCAUGUCCCGCAUACCCGCGCAGAACUUAGCGCGCUCUCGGAUAAAUUAUCCCAGACGCGCAACAAUCUUCGCUCGUGCGAUAGAGAGAUGCAGCGUUUACGCAUCACCCUCGCGGAGCUUUGCGAGCAAAGGGCUCUCAUUCAGUCCACCGAGGAGAAUCUGGUAGCUCUGCUCUCACCCGUACGGAAGCUCCCGGCAGAGAUCCUGGCGGAGAUCGCGUGCUAUACGCUGCCUCCUCGCUGGUUCGAACACCCUCCGGGAAGUUUGCUCUGGCCUUUCAUGCACGUGUGCCGCGCGUGGCGCGAGGCAGUCAUUGGCAUGCGCUGGCCAUGGGCGCACAUCGACCUGCACGCCUAUCAUCCAUCCGACAAGUUCGCGACAUGGACCGACGCCUCUCUGGUGUACCUACAACGCUGCGGACAGUAUCCCCUGGUGCUCAAGAUCAGGGCGGGCAUUCAACAUGAAGUCAUCCAAACCGCGCUGUGGCCUCAUGCCCGGCGCAUCCGCGAGCUGGAGCUGCAAUGCCCUGAUGGCGGUUCGCCUUUUCCCCGCCGGCUUCCGGCCUUAUGGCGGCUUUGGUUGACGGGACCGUUCGGCGGGACAAUCCAUGCGCCGAAGUUACGCAUCCUGGAGCUCUUCGGUUGCAGCAUGUCUCGCCUCAACGUGCCUUGGGUAAACCUUCGCGUCCUCCGGGCGGCUUUCGAUGUGCGCGAAGAGGACUUGGAGGUCCUGCGCGAGUGCGUACGGCUCGAGGAACUCAGCUUCUCGACUUGGAAUUGGGGCGAGUACUUUGGUUCGCAGCCCAUAACUCUCCCAGCGCUGCAUACGCUCGAAAUCGGGCACGGUGCUCUGAGAUUCUGCUCACAACUCGAUGCCCCCGCGCUGCGUCAUUUUUGCCUCAAUUUCGCAUGCAACGGACUCUGCAAGCGCCCCUACGAGGAGUGCGAGUGGUUUCAAGACAGAGAUCUUAUGCCCGUUGUCAACCUCGUCCGCCCGCUCACGUCUCUGACGGUGCGCAAUGCGGACGGCCCCACACAUAACUGGUCAGCGACCCGCGCCCUCCGCGCCCUUCUAAACGGCCCGCGCAAGUUGCUAGAGAUUAUUUUCAUCCUGGACGAGUACACGCCAUCGUGGAGAGGGUCUUCCUUCCUCCAGUUCUUUGCCAAUGCAAUUCUCUGGGACCAGACGCCGCUGCCGUAUCUGGAGGAGUUGCACAUUCUCAACAGGUGUGGGGCUACGUGGCGUGCGUGCGAGGUCCGUAACGUGCGAGACCUGCUCGAGGUGCGGAGCACGCCCGCCGCUUCGCACGGUAGGCAAUCAGGUCUCAAGCGGCUUCGCAUAUACACGCCGCGUGCAGAAUUUCCUGCGUCAGCAUUGGAGGAGAGCUGGGCGAAUAUGCGCAGGACGGAUGGCGAGCGUAUCUUGGUUGUCGACACCCGAGAGUGAAGCUGGAAUGUAGGGAUAAAUAUAUAACAAUUACUUGUUCUUGAC